AUAUCUCAAUCCCCUCUCGCCAACCUUCGAAGCAAGCAAGCAAGCAGUCACCUGAGCAAAGCAAAGCAAAGCAAAGCAGGGCCAGAGCAAAGCAACGAUCCAGCGCCCGCAUUUCCCCCCAUUCAACGCGCAGCGCGCGCACGCAAUGGCGGCGCUGAGGAAGCCGUCGUUCGGGACGCGGGCGUGGCGGCUGCUGCGGCUGGCGGUGCUGUGGGCGCGGAAGGGCGGCGCGGCGCACAGCCUGCGCCUGCUCCGCACGCUCCGCCGCCACGGCGCGCGCGGCGACCGGCUCCGCCACGGCGGCGAGCGCGAGUACUCCAUCGACGAGACGCCGGCGUUCCGGUUCCGCACCCCGUCCGCGCGCGUGCUCCGCCUCAUCCCCUGCAUCGCGCCGGCCACCCCGGGCCUCUGCGCCGACGACCGCUACUUCUUCAGCAGCGCCGCCGCACGCGAGGUGGACGAGGCCGCUGGCGGGUACUGCUACGCCGACGACCCACGGAGCGCGCGCCACGUCGAGGAGGAGGAGGAGGACGAGCUGAGCUGCUGUGGCGAUGACGAGCAGCUGCUGGAGCGGGUGGUGGCGGAGGCGUGCCACGCGAGCACCGCAGGGUCGGUGGCAGGGGAGGGUGGCGAGGACGCCGGGGUGGACGUCAAGGCGGAGGAGUUCAUCGCCAGGUUCUAUGCGCAGAUGAAGCUGCAGCGCCAGAUCUCCUGGCUGCAGUACAACGAGAUGAUGGAGAGGAGCAUCAGCUAGAUUGCUGAUCCUUGAUUACGGCUAGUUGUAGCGGUUGAACUUUGAGCGCUGGUUCGUCGAUAGUAACGCGUACAUGUACAUAAAAGUAUUAUUUUAUACAGUACGAGUAUAUUUAAGAAUCUUGUUCUAUCUCCGGUUUAUAAAAACUGGUUUAUAAAAAAUAGGUUAAUGGUGUUUGAAAA